AUGGCCGUCCAAGUCAACAACCAGGCUCUGCGCCGUCCACGCAUCGCCGUCACCCUGGGCGACCCCUCAGGCGUGGGCCCCGAACUCAUUGCCAAACUCCUCAGCAACACAAAGAACCACCAGCGCGCCGACAUACUCCUCCUGGCCGACGACAGCGAGGUCCAGUCCGCCAUCCGGGACGCGGGCGGCCUCCACAUCCCCGUCACUGUCGAGUCCGCCUCGGCCCACGGCAUCCAGAUCCUCGACGACGGCACGGCCCCCAACUACACCACCGUCCGCGGCGAGGUCUCGCGCGACGCGGGCGCGCGUAGCCUGCACCAGCUCCGCCGCGCCCUCGCCCUCGUCCAGGCCGGCCAGGUCGACGCCAUCCUCUUCGCCCCGCUCAACAAGUCCUCCCUCAAGGCGACCGGCAUGACCGAGGAGGACGAGCUGCGCUGGUUCGCCCACCAGCUCCGCUUCACCGGCAAGACGUCCGAGAUCAACAUUGCCGGCGCCCUCUGGACCGCCCGCGUCACCUCCCACAUUGGCGUCCAGGACGUCGCCGCCCGCAUCACCACCGAAAACACCCUCCAGGCCAUCGAGCUCGCCCACCGCCUGCGCUGGGAGUCGGGCGUCGAGAGCCCCCGCCUCGGCGUCUGCGCCCUCAACCCGCACAAUGGCGAGAACGGCGCCUUUGGCCGCCAGGAGAUUGACGCCAUCCGUCCGGCCGUCGAGCUCGCCCGCGCUCGGGGCAUCGACGUCGUCGGGCCUUUUCCCUGCGACACCAUCUUCCUCAAGCGUGAGCACUUUGACAUCAUCGUCACCAUGUACCACGACCAGGGCCAGAUCGCCAUGAAGCUCCUCUCCUUUGACGGCGGCGUCACCGUCCAGGGGGGCCUGCCCAUCCCCGUCGCCACGCCCGCCCACGGCACCGCCUUUGACAUUGCGGGCAAGAACCUCGCCAGCGUGACCAGCACGCAGAACGCCUUUGAUAUUGCCGUCACCAUGGCCGAGAGGAGGAUACUCAAGGAUAGUCUGGCGGCGGACACGGAUCCCACUGUCGAGAGCGUGCCGCUCAAGGCGCCCUUGAAGGCCAACGCGACCGUCGUCGAGCUGCUGAGCGGGUCGUGUUGCUGA